AUGGAUACUUUGUCCACAUAUUUUGUGGAGGAAACCAAUUGUAUGAGAAGCAGAGAGGAGGAAGAAGAAGAGAAGGAGGAAGGUGGAGAUGAAGAAACGUAUGAUUCACAAACCGAGGAAUCGGCCGUCCAGAGGCAGCAAAGACCCGGCUGGGCCCCGAGUUUCUUCUACAGAACAGAUAAAGAGGUGUAUUAUUAUGCUGGGCAGAAGAUCAUCAUCGAAGGGGCUUUGGACUCGUAUGCAGGCAUGACAUGGCCAGCGGCUUUGGCUCUCUGCCACUACCUCGACACUCAUCGUGAACAGUUGAAUCUUGUGGACAAAGCAGUCCUGGAGAUCGGAUCAGGAACUGGCCUCGUGUCUGUCGUGGCAGCGCUCCUGGGUGCGUGGGUGACAGCUACAGACCUUCCAGAGGUCCUGAACAACCUGAGAGUCAACCUGAGCAGGAACACCAGGGGGCAUUGCAGACACACGCCCCAGGUGGCAGCUCUGUCGUGGGGCUACGACCUGGAGCGCACUUACCCUACAUCCAUCUACCGGUACGACUACGUGCUGGCAGCUGAUGUUGUCUACCAUCACGACUUCUUAGGCGAGCUCCUGGCCACCAUGAAGCAUUUCUGUCGCCCAGGCACGACUGUGAUCUGGGCCAACAAGGUCAGGCUUGAGUCCGAUCUGACUUUCACUGAGAACUUUAGAAAGGCCUUUCGCACAAGUUUACUGGCUGAAGAUGGAGACAUGAAGAUUUUCGUGGCAACGUUAAGAGAAGAAGAGCGAGAAGCCGAUGAGGGGCUGGAAAUUCAAGAUCUGCUGGGAGAGAAGGAGGAAGGAAAGAGGGAGGAGGCUGAAGACGAGAAAAACAAAGAGAAGCUUGUGCAGGAAAAACAUGAGGAUGAGCUUCACUGUCUCAAUAAAGAAAAAAGUAAAGGAAAAGAAAAUGAUCACGAUGUAACAGAGAGACCUCAUGUGGUAGAGGCUGAGAGAGGGGAUGAUAAGGAAGAAAAAAAUGAGCUUGAGCAGGAUGAAGAGGAAGAGAUGGAGGAGAUAAUGGUCCUCAAAGAGGACGAAUAUAAAGAGGAUGAGAAGAAUAAACCAGAGAACAACGAUUCAACUUUCAGCACCACAGCUAGUGAUGAAAACAUUACAGGACAGGUGUUUCUGAAACAGACAGCUGCACAGCAGGACCGGGCACCAGCCUGGGUUCCCAGGAUCUUUAGCAGGCCCGGUAGAGAUGUCUACCGUUAUGUAGGGCAGGACAUUGUCAUUUAUGAGUCCAUAGACUCCUUUGGAGCAGUAAUGUGGCCAGCAGCGGUGGCGCUGUGCUCCUUCCUGGACAACAACAGGGAGAGGGUGAACCUGCAGGGGAAGCAGGUGCUGGAGCUGGGAGCAGGAACAGGACUGGUAGCUAUCGUGGCCAGUCUCCUAGGAGCUUCGGUCACAGCCACAGACUUACCGGAGUUGUUGAGUAACCUCAGGGCCAAUGUGAUGAGGAACACCAGGGGGCAUUGCAGACACACGCCCCAGGUGGCAGCUCUGUCCUGGGGCUACGACCUGGAGCGCACUUACCCUACAUCCAUCUACCGGUACGACUACGUGCUGGCAGCUGAUGUUGUCUACCAUCACGACUUCUUAGGCGAGCUCCUGGCCACCAUGAAGCAUUUCUGUCGCCCAGGAACGACUGUGAUCUGGGCCAACAAGGUCAGGUUUGAGUCCGAUCUGACUUUCACUGAGAACUUUAGAAAGGCCUUUCGCACAAGUUUACUGACUGAAGAUGGAGACAUGAAGAUCUUCAUGGCAGUGUGCAGAGAGUGAGAGAUAGAAGAGGCAGGGAUGGAUUACUGCACCGGCCUCCUUGUGCCCCCUCCCAGGGGCACAAGGGGUUAUAGGGACCUUAUGUCAGACCCUCUGAAUGGAUUGUGCUUAACAUUUCUACUUGGAAAGUCAAAUGGCUCAGUCAAAAGUAAGAAGGUGUCAAGUCACAUUUUAUUGUACAUGAUCCCAAUUGAAUAGCACCGCUUUAAGAAAAUGUUAACUGCAUCACAGUGGUUUCUAUAUUUAGUAGAGGGUAGCAUUCUGCUAUAUAUGUGUUAGUUUGGGUUUGUUGCUCUAGUUUGGUGACUGUUAAGACAGCCUGUCUUCAUCUCCUGCAUGAACAAAAUACAGUAGUUAAGCUGCCAGUUUCAUGUUUCAGCCCUCAGCAGAACUUUAGAACUAUUGUCUGGGAAAAUAUUCAACGAAAAAAAAAAGGAUGCUAAACAUCAGCAUGUCAAAAUUAGGUGUUGGAUGGGUUCACUUGCUACUGUGGAGUCCCUUUUACCUCCUUUUACCUGUGUGUGGCCAUUGUCUUUGCGGGAUAUGAUGCAGAACGACAGUCCCAGCCUGAAUCAAAGAAAGAACACUGCAGUAAUGUGGUAACUGCCUUAACCAUUG